CUUUGCCUCGGUGUUCCUGUGUCUCGGUGACUUUGGCACGUUUUGUUUGCAUCGGUCUUGCAUGGUUUGGUACUGAAAAUGGAAGUUGUGUCAAAAAGUUUUCUGAUCUAAGCACUAUCUUCUGAUCUAUGACUUGUGCCAGCCAUUCGAGGUCAGAAAAAACCUCGUUCUAUUGCAGAUUGCAAAAGUAGCCUGAAAGAGGGCAUGGAGUGGACAAAUUUGACAUUGUCCACGAUUUUAAAGCGGCCGAGGUGGUGUUUACAGUUGUCAGGGAGUUCCAAUUUCAAGUCAACUUUCCUGGGCCUUAAACACACCAGACUGCUUUCAGCUACAUCAAAGAUGGCCGAAUCUAGCAAGAAAAGAGUCUGUAUGAUUGGAUCGGGUAACUGGGGCUCAGCUAUUGCAAAGAUUGUUGGCCCAAACGUAAAGAGGCAUGCUAUGUUCGAGGAGACAGUGAAAAUGUACACCCAUGAAGAAAUGGUGAAUGGUAGAAAACUGACGGAAAUCAUAAACACAGACCAUGAAAAUGUCAAAUACCUCCCAGGAUACAAGCUGCCAGAAAAUGUUAUUGCUGUCCCAGACUUAACUGAGUCCAUCUCUGAUGCUGAUGUUAUUAUUUUCAAUAUGCCUCAUCAGUUUGUAGUGCCAAUGUGCAGUCAGAUGAAAGGCUCAUUAAAGAAGGGUGCAACAGGCAUUUCUCUAAUUAAGAAUGAUCUGUUGCUAUUGAAUAGACAAAUUGCAGAUGCACAGGGCUUGAGCCAUACUUCUGUUGGUUUGAAACAAAUGUCAGAAGUCAUUGAAGACUGCCUGGGUUUGCAGUGUGGAGUACUUAUGGGUGCUAAUCUUGCAAAUGAGGUUGCUGAUGAAAAAUUCACAGAGGCAACUAUAGGCUGUAAUGAUAAAUCUCAGUGGGAAAUGUGGAAGAAUCUUUUCCAUUGUGACUAUUUCAAAGUUAAAUGUGUAGAAGAUGAGCAUACGGUGGAACUGUGUGGUGCUCUCAAAAAUAUUGUUGCGACUGGAGCAGGAGUCAUUGAUGGCCUUGGAUAUGGCGAGAAUACAAAAGCGGCAAUAAUAAGGCUUGGUAUGGUCGAAAUGAUGCUUUUUGCUAGAACAUUCUAUGACAAGGUACUUGAUAGUACAUUUCUAGAGUCAUGUGGUAUUGCUGACCUGAUAGCGACAUGCUAUGGUGGAAGAAAUAGACGCGUUGCAGAAGCCUUUGUCAAAACAGGAAAGAGCAUCUUUGAACUCGAAGAGGAAAUGUUGAAUGGUCAGAAGCUUCAGGGACCACAUACUGCUUAUCAGGUUUAUCUUUUGCUGAAAGACAAGAAGAUGGAGGACCAGUUCCCAUUGAUGAUAGCAAUAUACAGAAUUUUCUACGAGAAUGAACCCCCGUCGUAUCUCAUUGAAACUCUGUCAGAACAUUUCUAGAAUGUAGGUCAAGUCUUUAAAAUUCGUGUAUUCUUGAAGAUAUGUCGGUCGAUACAUUUUUAGAAAAACGUGUAUUAUGUGUAUGUAUGUAAUUAGGCCUAUGGUGUAUUUAGCAAAAAUUAUUUUUGUUAGGUCCUAUCUAAUUUCUUGAAAUAUAUUCAUUAGAACUUGCAAAAUCUAUUAGU